AUGAAACGGCAUCUACAAACUACCAAGAGUAAUAGCAAAGAUGAGGGGAAAUGCUACAUCCCUGUAAUUCAUAAUAAUACUGAGCAAGAUUGUAUUAAACCAUUAGUUUUAUUUCAGCAACCAUCAGUUUUGUUUCGGCAACAAUCAGUUUUACAUCGGCAACCAUCAAAUUUACAUCGGCAACCAUCAAUUUUACAUCGACAACCAUCAGUUUUACAUCGGCAACCAUCAGUUUUACAUCGGCAACCAUCAGAUUCGGACAAAUUUCCUGGAUUGAUCUCAUUAAUUUUCAGAUAUUUAGAAUCAAUCAAUGUAGACAUAGAAUCUAGAUGUAUGCUAGGAAAAUAUCUAAGAUUUGUUAGUAAAAGAGCUGAAGGUAAGUUGCAAACAACAGCAAAAUGGAUGAGAAACUUUGUACAAAAUCAUCCAAAAUAUAAUCAAGAUUCUGUCGUUACUCAGGAAAUUAAUUAUGACUUGAUCAGGAUGAUUGAAAAGAUUCAAAAUGGUCAGGUUAAAGUUGAGGAAUUAAUGGAUGAUUGUUUACAAAAGUAA